UCCGCACAGUCCAGGAAUCUCUAAACAGGGUAUAGAGGUCUUUCUGAAGUCCCCCCUCUCUUUUCCCCCUCUAUCUCAAAGCCCGGAUUGGUCACAGUGAGGCUCAUUUGCAUGCCUCGCCGUAUAAACCCUCCUGCAGACACUGCAGCCCUCUUGCGCUGAGAGAGCAGCACACCUCCAGUCGAGAGAGAGAGCGGAGCGCAUCCAGAGUGCGCAUUGAAAGACAUAUGGAAUAUUUAUUGUGGGCUUUUUCUGAACAAAAAACAACCCCGGAGAGUUGAUUAGAGGGCGGGAAGAACUCUUGUUUUUGUUUUUUUCUCAGGUGCGUUUGGUUUAAACUUUGAAUUGGACUGAGUGAGGACGCUCUGCUGAAUUUCAGAAUAUUUAGGAGAGAAGGUGCGAAGAUGGGAGAAACAGGGUGGAACGGGCUGUUGGUGCUAGUGUGCGCCUCUCUGAUAAGCCUGGCUGCUGUCACGCACGGAAAGACGGUGAAAUAUCAGACAUUUGAGGAAGACGCACCGGGGACGGUGAUUGGAAACUUAGCCAAGGACACUUCCUCCUCUGCCUCUUCUUCCAGGAACAGUUUCAGGAUGAUGAAACAGUUCAACUCGUCUUUCAUCCGUCUGAGAGAGAGCGACGGGCAGCUGACCAUCGGAGAGAGGAUAGACAGAGAACGGAUCUGCAAACACACCCUGCACUGCCUCAUCGCUUUCGACGUGGUCAGCUUCUCCAAAGAGCAGUUCAAGCUCAUUCACGUCGAGGUGGAGGUCAAGGACAUCAACGACAACUCUCCCGAGUUUCCCCGGAAAGAGUCGAGUCUGGAGAUCUCCGAGAACACAGCGGUGGGCACCCGGAUCCCCCUGGACUUUGCCGUGGAUGAGGAUGUUGGGACAAACUACAUCCAAAGCUACCAGAUCUCUGUUAACAGCCACUUUUCGAUCGACGUGCUCAGCAGGGCCGACGGGGUUAAAUAUGCGGAGCUGGUGCUCAUGAAGGAGCUGGACCGGGAGACGCAGGCUUCUUACGCGCUGGAGCUGGUCGCCAUGGACGGCGGCAACCCGUCCCGCAGCGGAACGACGCGCAUAAACAUCAAGGUGAAAGACUACAACGACAACAGCCCGGUGUUCGACAGGAGCAGCUUCUCCGUGGACCUGCCCGAGGACGCGCCUGUGGGCACCCUCUUGCUGGACUUGAACGCCGAGGACCCGGACGAAGGGCUGAAUGGUGAGGUGGUGUACGGGUUCGGUCACCAGGUGCCCCCGGAAAUACGACAACUCUUCAGAGUGGACAGAAAAAGCGGGCGGCUCACUCUGGAGAGCCCGGUUGACUUUGAAAGUAAGACCACGUACGAGUUUGACGUCCAGGCCACUGACCUGGGUCCGAACCCGAGCCCGGCCAUCUGCAAAAUUGUCGUGCAGGUGCAGGACGUUAACGACAACGCGCCGGAGAUCUCAAUCACCCCGAUGACGUCCAUCACGGCGGGAAUAGCGUACAUAACUGAGGCGGCAGCCAGAGAGAGUUUCGUGGCUCUGGUCAGCACCUCGGACAGAGACUCGGGCGCUAACGGGCAGGUGCACUGCACGCUGUACGGACACGAUCACUUCCGACUGCAGCAGGCGUACGAGGACAGCUUCAUGAUUGUGAGCACCAGCCCGCUGGACCGUGAGAAAAUCCCCGAGUAUAACCUCACAGUGGUGGCGGAGGAUUUGGGCUCCCCUCCCUUCAGGACCAUCACUCAGUACACCAUCAGACUGACGGAUGAGAACGACAACGCGCCGGUGUUCAGCAAGCCUGUGUACGAAGUGUCGGUCGUGGAGAACAACGCGCCCGGCGCGUACAUCACCACAGUAGUGGCGCGGGACGUCGACAUGGGGUCAAACGGGAAGGUCACUUAUAAACUGGCGGACACUUAUUUCAUGGGCUCCCCCAUUUCCACCUUUGUGUCUCUAGACCCUGCCAGCGGUUCGCUUUACGCGCUCCGGAGCUUCAACUAUGAAGUUAUGAAGCAGCUGGAGCUCCGAAUCACGGCCAGCGACGCCGGCUCCCCGCCGCUGUCCGGCAGCGCGAGCGUGUACGUUAGGAUAGUGGACCAGAACGAUAACGCGCCGUAUAUCACUCAGCCGGCGCUCAACAACGGCUCCGCUGAAGUCCUCCUGCCCCGGGACUCACCGAGCGGCUACGUCAUCACCCGCGUGGAGGCUCGGGACGCAGACGAGGGCGUGAACGCGGAGCUGUCCUACGGACUGGCCACCGGCGAGCCCUCUGUGUUCUCCGUUAACAAAGCCACAGGGGAGAUCUACCUGAACCAGGUGCUGAGCCAAAACGUGGACGAAACCCUGAGCGUGACCGUCACGGUGAGUGACAACGGGAGGCCCGCACUCACCUCCACAGCCACGCUCCACUUCCUCAUCAUCGCGGGCUCCCCGCCGAGCGACAGAACCGUGUACCAGCCAGGCGGCGGGGAGGAGGUGCACGCGCAGUGGGACCUGUCGGUGGUGAUUAUCGUUGUCCUCGCGGGGAGCUGCACUCUCCUGCUGCUCGCCAUCAUCCUCAUCGCCACCACCUGCAACCGGCGUAAGCGGGACAAGAGCGGAGAUGACAGCGACUCGUACGGGGAGAAGGGCGCUCUGGAGCGGGGUAGGAGCCACGUGGUGGACAACCCGCUCCUGCCUCUCCACGGAGCCGGGGGAGAGGCGGGUUUUGACGGACAGUCGUACAGUAGCCAGCCAGGGGCGUUCACCUCGGCUCACCCUGGGGGCAGCGACAUGUGCUCGGCCUCGGAGGACGGCAGUGAAGUGCCCUGCGUGUAUGACUCAGACAACAACAACAAGCUCCGGGGGAAUAAACACGAGGGCUACUCUACUCUACCCGGGUAUGGGAAUGGCAAAGAGGCGGUGAGGCCCAUCACCAUCUGGAAGGGCAACUCUUACACCACCAUCUCUGCCAGGGACCCAGCCUUCAGUGGCAAAGACAGUGGCAAAGGGGACAGUGACUUCAAUGACAGUGACAGUGAUGUGAGUGGAGACACUGGCCUGAAGAAAGAAGGGGCAGCAGUUCCUCCCAUGGGUGGCCAAAAUGCUCUGUGGGCUUGCACCAAUGAGUGUAAAGUCCUGGGUCACUCAGAUCGCUGCUGGAGCCCCUCAGCAGUGAGAGCCAACGCAGCCCCAUCUCCGGCCCCGACCCUCUCUUCCUUUAGCAGUCUCUCCAAAACGGCCUCUCUGCCCCGGGAUCCUCACCGCAGGGACAACUACUACCAGGCCCACAUCCCCAAAACUGUGGGUCUGCAGAGCGUGUACGAGAAGGUGCUGCAUAGGGAGUACGACUAUGUUCUGGUCACUCCACCCAGACCUGUGAGGGUGCAAGAGAUCAGCGAUAUAAGCAUCCCCGUUUACACCCCGACCCCAACACACUGUCCCAACAAUGAUGACUAAAAUAGACACACACAGCCCUAAGCUCACUUGCAAGGAACUGUAUAGUGUGUUCAGACUUUUAAUUUAUGAUUAACUGACAAUGAGAACAAUGUAACUAUUUGCUGUGGAGAGUGCGCACACGUUGAUGUCCCAAAAUUUCAUUUGUUUUAAUGUAAAAGCCACCUUUGAAGUCCAUCCAAUCACUUUGUGACAACUUGCUGGACUGGAUGUGUAUAAUAUGCAAGAUUUGUACAUUGAGAGAUUUUUAUUUUUAUAAUGAAAGUAUAAUGAAGCAAAAAAUGUGUACAUAUGAAUUGUAAUUAUCAAUCUUUAUGCAUGCUUGCUAUUUAAAACGAAAUGCCCCCAAUAUCUGGUUUCAUGGAGGGCUGGUGACCAAUAAUGUAUCAAGUUGACAACCACAUAAGGAAACGGACUUGAAUGCAAUAAUUAAAUAACUGUAAAGUCUUUUUUAUCAUCACAAUACGCUGAAAGGAAAUAAACUUUAAAUUGUUCUGAAAA